UUGUCCUCAACUGCCAUGUCGUUUUUCGGCCGCAAACCGUCUGCGCCGCGCUCAAAGUCGCGCACGCGCACGAAGGAGCCCUCGCCCUCGCCGUCCCCUGCCCCGCCACCGCUCCCCGCGCCCUCCGCGGAGGCUGUCUUUGGCGCGAACAAGCCGCUCUACCUCUGCCGCCCUUUUGCCGAUGCCGCGCUAGUCAAGGGCAAAUUCAAGACGAUCGUCCAGCUCCCGCCCUACGUUGACAUGUGGGAGUGGGUUGCUGUCAACAUCUUUGACUUUUACACCAAUCUCAACGAGUUCUAUGGCGUACUCACCGAGGUCUGCACGCAGCAGUCCUGCCCGAACAUGAGUGCAGGACCCAGUCUCAACUACCUCUGGACAAACCAGGACAAGAAGCAGAUCAACCUCUCCGCACCGAACUACAUCGACUCCGUCAUGAGCUCCGUGCAAACCAUCCUUGACGACGAGAACAUCUUCCCCACCAAGUCCAGCCAGAACUUCCACCCGUCCUUCCCCCACACGGUCAAGCUCGUUUACCGCCAGUUGCUGCGCGUGUUUGCGCACCUCUAUCACGCGCACUACGAGGCAAUCCUGCACCUGAGGUCCGAACCGCACUUCAACUCGCUCUUUGCGCACUUCCUCGCGUUUGGCAAGGAGUACGAGCUUCUCGAAGUCGCUGAUAUCCGUGGCGAGCCAGACAAGCCUGUCGGCGUCGGCCUGCUCUGGGAGCGCUGGAAGGACGCGGGCAUCCUCGAGACCUAGAUCGCGACAUCGUGGCUGGCCACGACACGAGCCCGAUCCGCGCAUCGCACCAUGGGAUCACCAUACCACUUCAUGCACAUAAUAAGGCAUCACGCGCCCAUCGCGCGCGCACAUUCCUUGUUUUCUUCGUCUUCAUCUUCACUGGAUCAUUCAUCGCAUGGUAGAGAGCAUUACUGCAAGCAUUGUAGGGCGGAAUUGCAGGUAUCUUGUAAUGUAAGUAGGAGGACAGUGGAAUCAUUCACUUUAGCAUGCUA